GAAAUUCAACAAGAAACUGAUAUCCCUGAAAGAGAACUGGUUAGAGCCCUACAGUCCCUUGCCUGUGGCAAGCCAACACAACGUGUUCUCACAAAAGAGCCCAAAUCAAAAGAAAUAGAAAAUGGUCAUAUAUUUACAGUGAAUGAUCAGUUCACAUCUAAACUACACAGAGUCAAGAUUCAGACGGUUGCUGCCAAACAAGGAGAAUCUGAUCCAGAAAGGAAAGAAACAAGGCAGAAAGUAGAUGAUGACAGAAAACAUGAGAUAGAAGCUGCUAUAGUUCGGAUAAUGAAAUCUAGGAAGAAGAUGCAGCACAACGUGCUAGUAGCAGAGGUAACUCAGCAGCUGAAGGCCCGAUUCCUACCAAGUCCAGUUGUUAUUAAAAAACGUAUUGAAGGACUUAUUGAGAGAGAGUAUUUGGCACGAACACCUGAGGACCGCAAAGUGUACACUUACGUAGCAUAAAAUGCGCUCAGAAAGUUUGAUUUACUCUUGGACUGUACUCUUCGCAUGAACUGGGAAGUUCUUUUAAAUCAUUAAUAUUAAGACGACCAUCUCUUCUAUUAAAUUACAAUACAUGUUCUAGACCAUUCAGAUCAAGCCUUUUACUCCUUUUGAGAGUUUUCAACAUCAAUUGAUUGAGCUUCAGGCUUUUCAACGUUAUCCCUGUAGAGAUCAUCCUUACAAUUCUUCGGGAAAAUGUGAAUGUGCCGCGUUUGUUUUCAAUACUGUAUGAAAACAGGAAAAGGAAAAAAAAAAUAAAAACAAAUUUAGAAAAUACAGCUCAUUUAAAAAAAUAAAAUUGUUGGAAUUUCAUUUCCCCA